AAUAAACAAUGCACCUUCUAUUUUUAAUUUCCUUAGGUAAACUCGAAGCACAGUUGGUCCAUCGUCACUCAAUGCAUGCGCGCUCCCGCUGCCAGGGGCACACUUUCUAUUAGAUGGCAAGGACACUUAUUAAGAGGGUAACUACUUUUGCACAACGAGUCGGGAUGCGCCUGAUAUCAAACCACGCGAACCCAGCUAGUAAACCCCGCCCAUCAAGCCUUCGCGCCAAGCAGAGGUGGUUAGCUGUUAGCUGUUAGCUGUUUGGGACCACGCCGGGAUAGCAGAGUCCACACCGAGGCCUGUGUUCCAGUCCCCGUAAACAUUGAAACAGCCCGGCCACUUUUAAAAACUGAAGGGACAGAACUUAAAUCCAGGAUGUGCUCCGUCGUCGGAUGUGAUUCGGGGCGUCGCAGUGCCCUACGGUUCAAGUUACCGGAGGACCCAGAGAGGAGACUGGCGUGGGUUCAGUUCCUUUUCGAAGUCAACGGGCAACGACUUAAAGAAUCGUCCUGGACUGAUAUCACCAUUUGUAAUGAACACUUUACUGAAGACUGCUUUGAACACCUGGCUCCAGGGACUGGCGCGGUCCACCUAAAGCCCGGUGCUGUCCCAUCACUGUGUUUCAAGUCAGAGCCAGACGAACCUCUGGAGAGCCCACAUUAUGUGGAGCCUGUUCAAACCACAGAAGUGGCUUGUGAUGAUGACAUUAAACCGUGUAAUACUUCAACUUCCUACUCGGAAAAAGCAAAACCUACUGUAACUGGUUUCCAUGCAAGCCCGGUGUCACAUUCACCAGAUGCUUCGAAUGCUGUCACCUCUGGCGAUUUAAUCAAGGAAAAAGCUGCGCUUCUGACGGAAGGAAAGUGUAUUGUGAAUGAACGCUGCCUCCUCCAGUUGUUCCGCCGCAAAUGCCCGUCAUGUGGAUGUAAGCUUCAGAUGGAGAAGGUCACCCAUGGGGUGCUCAUCAUCUUGAACCAACAGUGCCUUAAGUGUGACUACAGAAACCAAUGGAAAAGCCAAGUCAAUGCCACUGUCCCAACAGCUGAAGAGCAACACCUGACAGAAGGAGUGCCAACAGAUGGCAAUCUCAGCAGCACAGUUUUCUCUGAGAUUGUUACCCUUAGUGAUGAAGAAAGUGAUCCGUCAGGUGAAGAAGAAGGUGAUGAUGGCGAGGUGAGUUCCGAUGGGGAAUGGAAUCCAACUGAGGAUAUUUUGCUGGCUGAAGAGCUCACAAAGAACUCUGAAGAGGAAACCGAAGAUGAAAGCGAAGAUGGAAGCGGACAGGAUAGCGAAGAGGAGGAAGAUUCUCCGGGUGGCCUCCAAAUUCAUGAGCUCUGCACCGAGUGUGGACGUUUUUUCACUAUCCUGAAGCCUCACACAUGUGAGCACAAAAUAAAGCCCUAUUCCUGCAACGUAUGUGGCAAACGGUGCGUUACCAAGACGUCUCUGAAAGUUCACAGUAGGAUUCACGAUGAAACCUAUGACCAUCCAUGUAAAUUCUGCCACGCUCCCUUCAAAACAAGGGUGGACAAACUUAAACACGAGCAGAUCCAUGAAGACAGGAAAGAUCGCUAUAAAUGUCCCGACUGUCCCGAGACAUUUACCACCAAUACAAAACGCAGAAUUCACCUGGCAAAUCACAGAACCCCAAAGGAGUACAAAUGUGGAGUUUGUGAUCUUGCGUUUAAGGAUGUACAUCAUCUUCGGAGACACUCUGUUGUGCACACAGGAUUGAAACCGUACACGUGUUCAGUGUGCCAACGUGGCUUCAACCAGGGAAGCCACCUGAAAUCCCACAUGCGUGUGCACACGGGGGAGAGGCCUUUUAAAUGUCCGCACUGUGACAAAAGCUUCAAUCACAACGUGAGCUUGAAGAGUCACGUCCAGCGGUACCACUCGUCGAGCUCUGAACGCGAACGAAAGAAGGGUGAAAUGGAUGAAAGGGCGAGCGACACAGGUGAUGCUGAGGACAGUGGGAUUAAGAAAGACACCGACUCUGAGUUUGAUAAUGUAAAAGAAAAACCAGAUACGAAAGAGGAGGUGCAGAAGGAGAGAACUGGAAAAAAAAGUAGCAGGAGGAGCACAGGUAGACCCGUAGGACGGCCUAAGAGAAAUGCAGCAGGCAGCUCGGUUCAGUCGGGGGGGAAAGCAGGUCGGCGUUUAAACACUGCAAAAUCAAAGGCCCAGAAGUUAAAGAUAACCGGUUCCAGCGAUGAGGAAAGCGAGGCAGAGCAAUCCGACAGUGACAUAUCCUUUGACUCAGCAGAAAAGGAAGAGGAAGAAGAGAAGGAGACAGUGAGGAAGAGCACGGGGAGAUCAAGAGGAAGACCCAAAAAUAACAGUGACGACGAUUUUGACCCAGAAGAAGAAACAAAGAAAAAGAGAUACAGCAGUCAGAGCAGCUCAGGGAAACGUAGAGGAAGACCAAAAAAGAAUCAAGCGGUCUGAAAAUUCUCCCAACACACAGAGCUGAAAAAUUAAUUUGGUGUAAGCAGGAAGCCGUAGAAACCUGUAUUGAUAUCUCUCGAGUAGAAAACAAUUUGGAAUAUGAGAAACCCGCCAGCGUCUUUCUGAAUGAAAUUGUUUUUUACUGUGCAGUAAUGGCGGGUCAGUCAGUAAAUCACAAGUUAUUUGGAAAUAUAUUUAGUAGAGAGUAUUGGGUGCAUUAUAAGAAAGUGACUGAGUGUAGGGAAAGGUAAUUGCAAGUUGCCUUUGGAAAAUGUGGGUCACCAAAUGUAGGAAAAAAAGGCUCUUAUGGCGUUUUUCCAUUACAUGGGACCUACUCGACUCGCCUGGACUCGACUCUACUCGCCUCGACGCGCUGUGCGUCCGUUUUCCAUUGCAGAUUUUAGUACCGCCUCAGCGUGGCUGGUCGUCAUAGCGACUGCCGUGGGCGUGGCUUAGUAGCUUGCUUUUCCCAUUGAGAUAUCCACGACUCAUUUCCUGGUUCUCCGUCUCCGUAAACAACAUGAUAUCAAAGAGAUAGUUAACGUUUACUGCUCCAGAUUUCCCACCGUGGUCAGAAAGAACA